UUUAAUGGGUAAAACGAGUUUAAGGCCGCUGAGGUGGCAUGCCACGUGGCAUCCACCUCAUCAAAUGUCAGUGCAUCAUCUUGGACAAACUUAGCGGAUGAGGAGUAUAUAUGGACCAAUAGUAUAACGACAGUGAUAUAUUUGAACAAGUAUAAGAAAGAUAUAUUUGACCAUUUUCCAAUAGUACAGGGAUAUAUUUGACCCUUUGCCGUAAAAAAAAAAAAUUCACAGAAAAAAAUUUAUUCUAUAGACUCAUAUGGUCUUCAGCCUUAGAGGGUCGUCCAAAGUCCAAACCUAUUCAGAUUGGUACACUAACCAGAGAGAUAGAGUUCACUUGCUAAAAACCAACUAUGAGUAUUCCAAAGGAGAAAGGUGAUGGUUCCUCCAACUCUAUGCCCAAGACUGAAAUGGAUUCAAAAGAUGAAACUAUUUUAGCUCAAGAUCAGGUCAAGCAAGCUCAACUGAAAAUGCACCUUCACAGUACCAAAAAGGAAGAUCAUGAAACCAUCGAAUCCUAUGUGAAGAAAUUAAAAUGCACAGCCGAUUCUCUAGCAGCAAUCAACAGUCCAAUAUCAGAUCAAGAUUUGGUUUUGCAACUUCUCGCUGGUUUACCUUCUCAAUACUUGCUCCUCAAAAUAAGAUCUCAUCUCAGUGUCCUCUCCCAAAUUUUUCAAAGUCUUGUUCCAUGCUAUACGAAUACGAGAAAUCCUUGUCAGGGCAAUCAUCAACUAGGCCUCCUCUUAGUUCAGAUGAAUCUGAAAAUAAUAACUCAAAUUCCAGCAAGAGUACUCUGGAGACGCUGCAUGAUAUAGCAAAUGCAGUGACAACUAUGGUAUCAAUAGGAAGCACCCUUUGUAAUGCGAUUGGAUGGUCUCAAACAUCAACAAAAAAUAGGGGACGUGGUAGAGGAAGAGGAAGAGGAAACUGUAAUAAGAGAGGUGGAGCCCUUCUAAUAACAACAACAAUUCUCGUAACUCUGGUCGAAGGUAGUUAUAAUUUGAUCAACAUUUAGUACUACGUAUCUACUAUGUUUUCCUUCUUGUUGCUGUGUUCUAAGUAUUGGAUCGUUGGUUUCCUGAUUUCAAGUUUUAUGUAAUCAAAGUUUGUACUGGUAAAAAUAUUGUAAAGCUUCCGGUAAGGGA